UUGGUUAUGCACUGCAAUUGCUCUCCGUCAUUAUGAAGUUCCUGGUCGUUCUUUUGGCAGUGGCCUCCUUGGCCCAUGGCAAAGUUGUCCCCGACAACCAUACUGCCUUUGGAUACCUGAAGAAAUCCAUCGUCGAGGCUGAAAAGAUCCGCGUGAGGGAGGAGCAGUACUUGCAGCAGCAGAGGAUCGUCGGAGGCCAGCCCGCUAACUUGGGUCAGGUGCCCUUCCAGGCUGGUAUGCUUAUUAACAUCAUCGGUUUCGAAGGCAGAGCCGUGUGCGGUGCUGUCCUAAUCAGCGCGGACCGCUUGGUCUCCGCCGCCCACUGCUGGUCUGACGGUCAGCACCAGGCCUGGAGGGUCGAGGUCGUCCUCGGCUCUGUGACUCUCUUCACCGGUGGCAACAGGCAGUUCACCAGCGUCUUCAUCAACCACCCCAGCUGGUUCCCUCUGUUAGUCCGUAACGACAUCGGUGUGAUCUACCUGCCUACCAGCGUUUCGUUCAGCAACACCAUUGCCCCCGUGUCCCUGCCCCAGGGUGCUGAGCUACAGGAGGACUUCGCUGGUGCAUCCGCUAUUGCUUCAGGCUUCGGGCUCACCGUUGACGGCGGUUCCAUUAGCUCCAACCAGUUACUGAGCCAAGUCAGGUUGAACGUUCUCAGCAACAGCGUGUGCAGACUGGGCUUCCCGCUGAUCCUGCAAGACAGCAACAUCUGCACCAGCGGCAUCGGUGGCGUCGGCACCUGCAGUGGUGACUCUGGUGGCCCUCUUUACAUUACCAGGGGCAACAGGAAUGUCCUGAUUGGUGUGACCUCCUUCGGUAUUGCCCUGGGCUGCCAGGUGAACUUCCCUGCUGCGUACGCGCGUGUCACCUCCUUCAUGCCGUUCAUCAACCAGCACCUAAUACUUUUAUGGAAACUAGUUGCGUUCUCUCAACUCGGUGACAUGAAGUACCUAGUGGUCUUACUCUCCGCAAUAACAGCCAUAUAUGCCAUGGACUUGGCACGGCUGGCGCCGGAGGGUGCCUCUGUUUAUGGGUAUCUGACCAAUAUUGGCAUACCAGAGGCAGAAAGACUACAGAAAGCUGAAAAACAAUAUUUGGCUGCCGAAAGUGGAGCAAGAAUCAUAAAUGGUCAGCCUUCUCAGCUUGGUUUUUUACCGUAUCAGGCGGGUCUCGUGGUGUCAAUUGUUGGUGUAGUGGGCGUGUCUCUGUGCGGAGGGGCGCUCGUCAGCAACAAUCGCGUGUUGACCGCCGCGCACUGCUGGUUCGACGGCACCAACCAGGCAUCCAUGUUCACCGUAGUGCUGGGCUCUGUCACCGUUUUCAGUGGAGGCACCAGAAUCGAUACCUCGUCGGUGGUAUCUCACCCCGAAUUCAGCGUGAACCCCGCUCGCAACGAUAUUGCCGUCAUCUAUUUGCCUCAAAGAGUCUCUACGACCUCGAUCAUCGCCCCUAUAGCUCUACCGUCUGGGACAGAACUAUAUGAAAGUUUCAGUGGCAACUCUGCUAUUGCUUCUGGAUUCGGAAUGACUAGUCAAUCUGGUAGCUUAACCCUCGACCAGUUCCUGAACUACGUUACUCUUCCAGUCAUCUCCAACAUGGAAUGCUUGACAACCUAUCCCUCAACUCUUCAAACCACCAACAUCUGUACCGAUGGGGAGGGACCCAGAGGCACCUGUCAUGGUGAUUCUGGAGGCCCCUUAGCACUUUUCAGGAACAACAGAUGGAUUUUGAUUGGGCUGAGUUCAUUUGGAUCCCGCGAGGGCUGCGAAGCAGGCUUGCCAACGGUCUUCACCAGGGUCACCUCUUACAUGACCUUUAUUUAUCAAAACCUCUGAAGCGCGUUACCUAUAAUGUAC